AUGACCGCGUCGCCGACCAUUUUCCCACGUGUGGGCUAUAGUAUAAUUUCUUUCCUCAUGUUCAUUAACACAAUUGUAUCCGUUUUUAAUAAUUCUCUUGUGAUUGCCGUGAUGGCGAAGACCCCUACUUUGCUCAGCCCUAUGAACGCUAUUGUCUUGGGUCUUUCCGUGUCAGACCUCAUGAUUGCUCUUUGUGGUUCGCUAAUCGUCACCAUGACCAAUUAUCGUGGGUAUUUCUUUCUUGGGGACGGAGUCUGUAUUUUUCAAGGAUUUGCAGUCAAUUAUUUUGGUCUGGUGUCCCUCUGCACCCUGGCACUGCUGGCCUACGAGCGCUACAACGUGGUGUGCCGGCCCCAGGCGGGCUUCAAGCUCACCAUGCGGCGGAGCAGACUGGGCCUGCUCUUCGUCUGGGGCUUCUGCCUGUUCUGGGCCGUGGCUCCGCUGCUGGGCUGGAGCUCCUACGGCCCCGAGGGAGUGCAGACCUCCUGCUCCCUGGGCUGGGAGGAGCGGUCCUGGAGCAACUACAGCUACCUCAUCAUGUACACGCUGCUGUGCUUCAUCGGGCCGGUGACCGUCAUCAUCUACUGCUACACCAAAGUGCUCGGCUCCAUGAGAAAGCUGAACCGCAGCGUCGAGCUCCAGGGCGGGCGUCCGAGCGCGGAGGAGAACGAGCGAGCCAUCCGCACGGUGUUCUUCAUGAUCACGGCCUUCUUCGUGUGCUGGCUGCCCUACACCGUGCUGUCGGUGGUGGUGGUGGUGGCGCCGGGCGUCCGCAUCCCCCCGCUGGUCGCCACCAUGCCCAUGUACUUCGCCAAGACCAGCCCCAUCUACAACCCCCUCAUCUACUUCCUGUCCAACAAGCAGUUCCGCGACGCUGCCCUGGAGCUGUUGUCUUGCGGGCGCUACAUCCCCCGCGGGCCCGUCUCCUCCGGCCUGGCCAUGACGGCCGUGAACCGCAGGAACGCAGCGGAGCAUCCCAACAGAGGCGCCGGCAAGGGCACGCUCAACCGCGUGCUGCCUCUGUGA